CGGGGAUGUAGAGGUGGGAUUGCAAGCGCCGAGAGAACUCGGGGAACCCACGCGUUCAACACAGCCCCUGAGAAAGUGCGCUUUCCUCACUGAACCAACGCGCAAUCUUACAUUAAUUUUAUUUUAUUUCUCCUCACGUUUUUCACUAUCAAGCAGGCGCCGGGUUAGGAUUGUCUCUUUGGAAAAAGAAGCUUUUUAUCUCCCUGUCUUCUCUUCUUUCUUUCUCCUUUUUUCCCCUGUCACCAUUCGCCAAGGCAAGGCAGGGAGAGACGCGGACCGCUCGGACUGUGGGAGCCCUUCCCUCUGCUUGAAGCUCUUCUGGUAGUUUCCUGAAGGCCAAUGUAAGGACGUGGAUGAGGGCUGAGCUACUGAGGAGGAGGAAGGCUUUGAUGCCUGUCUCUUGCUGACUGGCCGGUUGGUCCACUAACGUCAAGUCGCACUCCCACCGAGGCAAAAAACGGGCCCAGUUAAAAGUCCUUCAUUGCUCACCCCUUUCCCCUCUCCACCCUCACCCCCAACCCAGGGACAUACGCACUGGACCAUGUCUAGUGGGCUGUCGGAGGGACCCCAGACAGAGGACCUGGAGCGCAGUAGCUGCAAACAGGACUCUCCUGUCAUAGAGCGCAGAAAUCGAAGCGGCAUCAUCAGCGAGCCUCUCAGCAAGAGCCUUAAGAACUCUCGCACCCUUUCUCAAUAUACAGCAGUCUCCUCUGCUGCCACCAAUGGACACACGGACAAUAGCUCCACGAAGAGCCACUUGGCCAAGCCUCAAGCACCCCCAGCUCCCCCAGCCACUGUUUCCACACUGACAGCAGCCAAGUUGGACAGAACCUUAGAACAGGUUCUGGAAGGACAGAAUGGCCUGCUGCACUUUGCCCAGGCAGCAGCACUGCUAAAGCGAGCCGGUAUGGAGCACAUGCUCCUGCCUGGGGGCAUGGGAGUGGGAGUUGGCGGAGGAGACUCAGGCUCGGGGACAAGCGACUUGGAGGGUACGUCUGUUGCGGAUGCCGUAGGUGGUCCCGUGGACUUCCCAUAUGGAGUAGGGGGCGGCUUUCCCUUCAAUCCUGGGCUUUUCAUCAUGACGCCGGCCGGAGUCUUUCUGGCGGACAGCGCACUUCACAUGGCCGGUUUAACAGAAUACCCGGCACAGAGCGAGCUUGCCUCUGCCAUCAACUCCGGCAAAAAGAAGCGAAAACGCUGCGGCAUGUGUCCGCCUUGCCGACGGCGGAUAAACUGCGAGCAGUGCAGCAGCUGCCGGAACAGAAAAACAGGCCACCAGAUCUGCAAGUUUCGCAAAUGCGAGGAGCUGAAGAAGAAACCCUCUGCAGCACUGGAGAAGGUGAUGCUUCCUACUGGAGCAGCGUUCCGGUGGUUCCAGUAGGACUCGUCCUUACCCAAAGCUCUGCCAUCAAGUGCAAUGCCAACUCCUGGAUUGUCUCCGGAACAGACACUGGUUGAUAAACAAACUAGCAACAAUAAAAUUAUAUAAAAAAAUAACAAGAACAAAGCAGAAAACAAAAAAAAACAACAACAUCGGAUUAUGGAUGCACCUACUUAUUCCUUGAACCAAAAAUGAAGCAUAAAAGAAAAACAUCUAUGGCAACUUUUCAUUCCUUUUUUCUUUGUUUUCAUUUUUACUUACCUUUUUGUCCUUUUUUUCCCCCCGGCUGGAUUUAUUUUUUGUUUGUUUUCUAUCGCUUGAACGCGGAACCGCUCAUUGCCAGAAACAGAAAUCUUGGACAGAUGGUGGACAAUCAACUAAUUUCUGUGUUUGGUGUUAAUGUUGUUCAUGUGUGAAAAGAUUUGGUACUUGUGUAGAGAAUGUAAAUUUACAGCUAUAUUCUAAAAGUUAGCGGCUAAUGGCAAACAUCGUAACUCUUCACUGUUAUGUUACCUAAACCAUUGUCUAGUUUAUGCUUAAGUUGGUUGAAGAUGGAUGGAGAAAGUGAUUCUAAAUGUGAGGCUGUCAAGUUGAAAAUGAAAGUGGAUGUUAUUGCUGGGCAAAGCACCUAAGUUGAAGUCAUCACUACUGUAAUCUCCUUAAUAAGUCCUUCUUUUCAUUUUCAGACUUUUCCUCUCUUGUGAAACUGGCAGCCUUAUGUUACUGUGGCCCUACUGAGCAUGUGCCAGUACUGUUCAGGGCAAUAGCACCAAGAGACAGCACUUGCUCUGAGUUUACCCUACUGAACGCACUGAGUAAAGAUUGCAUUUCUUUUUUUUUUUAUUCUUAAAUUGUUGAUUUAUUUGUUAAAAAUUUCCUGAGGUUUUUUCUUUAAGUUGCUAAGUAGCUGCAGCUUUUGAAAAACAAAAAAACAUCUCGAUCUUUGUAUUUGUUUAGAAAAUUGGACUUGUUUUGUGAAUAAAAAGGAAUGCAUGUAUUUGUGUCAAAAUUUACAUUUUCAAUGUUUUGUCUGAUUGUCUAUUUGCAUGUUUUUUUUAAAGCGGUUUUGAGUAAGAAAAUGAAUUUUUUCACAGGUUAUGAGAAAUGUUUCUUUUUUUUUUAAUUGGAUGGCAUGAAAAGAAGAAAAUAAAUUCUUACCCUCAGAAAACUCUUAAAAAGCAAAAGAAAGAUGGUGGUAACAUGGAUCCCCACCAUGUCCAUUCUUGCUGCCUGUGUAAUCUUCCUACACUGGAAUGAUGGAGCCUUGCUGUGCUAAAAUGUAACCAAAGUGAUUUAAAAGAUGUUUGAAUAAGAACAAGUUUGAUUGCCGUGUUUCUUCAGAGUGCAUGAAAACCCUGUGAAAAUCCUCCUAAAUCUCGUUUAUUGUCAAUGAUUUUUCCUUUCCUUUCGAGGUCUUUGUGACACUCGCUCCGCUCACUGACAUUUAUAGUCAGAAAGCACGAGUUGAAAUGCAGGAGAUCGAUGGCAGUCAUGGAUUACCGAAGUGAAGCUGAGGAAGCCUGGAUAAAAGUGUUUGGAGCUGGAUGCCUAUCAAAGUUCCAGUGAAAACAAGGCUGAUGGAAAAUAUGAUUUUUUUUACACAACAUAGUAAAAUAUAUUCUAAAUGUUUAUUUUAUAUCACUUCAAACCAAUUAAAACUUGAAAUUCAGACAAAGACAUGUUUUACCCUUUGGAUGCAAUUGUGAAGGAUGCUGAUAUGACCUGACAGUUCAACAGUCAUUGACACUCUCUAUUAGGAUGAUGAGCAGCACAGAUCUAUUGCUAAAAAUGCUAACAGAGCUCUGUCUCUAAGCAUAAGUAAAAUUAAGCGGAAGGAGAAGCCUUGAUAUGAUUGCGGAGAGUUUGUGUCUGGAGUGGAAAACCUGGGCUAUGGAAAGGAAAAAUCUCUUUUUUUAGACCACCUAAUGUUUUUCCCUAUUUAUAAGGUUGAUGUUAGUCCAAUACAACCUUUUUUAUUCAUUUAAAGUGUUUAUAAUAUCCCAAUAGGAGAAUAGUUAUUGAUGUAACAUUUGGUAGGUCAUAACAUUUAAAGUGACAUGCAUUACAAUUCUGCUUGCCAGUAAUAUAUAAAGAUUACUUGAUAGUAAGAUUACUAAUAGACUUUAAAACUUUUUUUCUUCCUACUGCUUUUAUCGCAGCGGUUUACAACAAUAUACCGAACUUAUGUUUUCAUCAUGUUCUGCAGGCGCCUAUUUAUUGACAUACUAUUAUUUUAAUCAGCAUGACUUGACAACCUCUACUUCGUGCCAAAAGUAGCUAUUAAUGCACACUGGUUUCACUAUGCUAGAUUAGAAAGUGAAGUGGCCUGAUCUAAACCCUGGGAAUAUAUGGAUUAAGUCAAGCAGAAGAUAAGGUUCUCCGGCCCCAACAAUGCAAACCAGCUAAGGGCCUAUAUUAAAGGAUUCUUAGCUAGGCAAG